UCAUACUAUAUCAUAAAGUUGAUUAUAUCGCACUUGCCCUCUUUAUUAGGGUUGCUGAUUGAUCUCGACGGUCAUGAAUCGAAACAAUCAUCAAGGAUUUAACCUCUUAGAAAUAAGUUCGGAUUCAGACGAACCGGAAAACUUCGAAUUACCUCCUCUUAAAUUGCGUCCACCGAAUAACAAGAAAAAAAAGAAUAAAAUGUCCGACUUUAAUUCUUCCCAACGAUGCAACAAUUUUACUGUAGUGUCAGUGUUGCUCUACUUAGUUUUGGUAGCCGUUACAAUUACUGCAAUAAUCUAUGUCACAAGAAUAAAGUCCGAAUUUGAAGAAUAUAAGACUAUUACGGAUAAGAAGCUCAAGAAUCUAGAAAAAUUGAGAAUUGAUCAGUCGUCUAAUCAAGAGUCUGAAUCAUCACAACAAUCUGAAGAAAUGAAUAAGCGACUUAAAGCCGUUGAAAGCCAAAUUAAACUACAAAUUAAUGAUACAAAUUUGCAACAAAAAUUGAAAAUCUAUUCUCGAAAUAUUACAACAAGUCUAUUGAAGUCAGUCAAGGAUAUUAAAAAUCAAAUUGAACACAUCAAUUCUUCGUUAGAGAAGACAAAACCUAUAGAUAUAGAGAAAAUUACGAUUGAUCUCUUAAAGGAUAGCCAGUUUAUUGGAAAUAUUGUUAAUAAGACAAGAGGUGAUAUGACACCAAAUGUUGCUUUCAACGAAACUAUUAUAAAUACACUUAUUGAAGGAAAAAUUGCUAAUUAUUCUAAGACUUUUGCAGCAGAUAUCAAAAAGCUAAACGAACGGAUAGAAUCAAUCCAAUAUAAUAUAACUGAACUAUACACGGAUAUAUAUAGCAAAGUUACGCUUUUUCGAACUGAAAGUCCUACUGAAUCGUCUAACGAUGCCACUUCAACUGUGAAUAAUGAAAUUUAA